GCUUGAACAACUUAUCCGGGGCCACAUCAACACAUUGACAGCUGCGGCUGUCCCGACCCUGGUAAUUCUCGCUGGAAACGAGUGGAGUGGUGUAUAAUAUUUGUUUACAAACUAAUAAUGAAUAACCAGGUUUUGCAGAUGAUAAGCUAACAUUUUUGCAUAAAAAAUUGGGCAAUGUUUACCAAACUGUUUUAAGUUAUUUAUGUUUGAUCAGGGACACUGAUUUACCUAUGUUGUGCGCAGCAGCUGGUGCGAUCCCAGAGGCCUUUGCGCUGAAGUUUCGAAAGCAAAUAUGGCGUUACGAAUGAUGGCAAUUGAUGUGGCUGCGUCCAGUUUAAUACCGAUCAUUGAUUGAAGUAGAAGUUUUUGAAUUGCACUCCAAAAAUGGAUAGCAGCUAACUCAAUCACAUCUGGGGACAAUAUUCAAGAAGGAUGCCUUAUUUUUUCAACUGACUUGUGUAAUCAUGUCUCGGCAAGGAUCCAGUUUUCAUGGUCACAGGGAAAGAAGAGAAGGGCACCAAAAGCAAUAUGGCAUAAGCUCUUGGUAUGGGGCUGGUGAAUAUCAUGUAGGCGAACCCAAUAGCGAGUUUGGCUCUGCCCCUAAGAGAUCCAGGUACAGUGAAAGACACAAAGAGCGUUAUGAAAACAUCAACGAAAAGCCCCAGUCUAUUCCAAAGGAUUCUGAUUAUGGAUUGUACACAGAUUUCGGCGUCGCUUCUGAUAAAGAUUCAAAGAUGCCAGGUGAUCCUGACUUCGGAAGAAGUUAUGGUGGCAGCAGGAGACCCACAGGUGACUACCACAUUUCUCAUCGGAUCCCGAAGAACUUUUGGGCAUCAGAAGAGGCAAUGUAUCCCGGGACACACAGCCUUAAUACCUCUGGAAUGCCAAUGAGGCAUCAUGUGAGCUACCCUAAUGAGCCACCUGGACUCAGCAGAGGUGAAGAGAGCUACUCUUGGCGUUCGCAUGCUUAUCCUUCAAGAAGUCACGAUUUUCGAGUCAAAAGUGGGCCUUUUCCUGAGCACGCCCAGUAUGUUGUUAGCGAACAUCGUUUGUUUAAUUAUCGAGCUGAUGAUAGCAGGUCAGCGUAUUCAAAUCGUGGUAGAGCCUUCUACCCCAACCGACCCACCCCAAAGCCAGUCAUGGAACGGGAUUACCAGAGGCUUGGCAUGUCGCAUCAUAAACAAUUGCGAAAAUACACAGACAACGAACAAAGCGAGCUUGCCACUGAGUUGCCCGAUAGAGGAUACGCUGCACGGGAGCAUUAUUCUCACAAAAGGAUUCUACCGCACGCUGCAGUUCAGUCGGUGCAUAGCAAACCCGGUGAAGGUCAGACUAUUGACAUUGGCCUAACACCGACUAGGAUAGACAGGGAUGAAGAUAGACGCCCCGAAAUUGAGGGAAAACCUGGAUUUUUUGAUAGCAGGAGUCCGUUGAAAACGGGCCUAAAUGAAGCACAUGAUGGCAACAGAAGAGGAUAUAGUGCCGAAAGGAAAAAAUAUUUUGAGGAGGCAGACCCGAAAGCCAAACAAAUUGAACAGAACCGGCAGGAGCCUUCGGUCGAUAAGCAGCAGAAUGACAACGUGCUAACGUUGGCAACAUCGCAGUGUGAUGAACCGGUUGUACAUAGAGAAGAAGGAUUAAUGAUCGAAACGAAGCUCGAAAACGUAUCCCCAGUUCCCUUGGAAGAUGAUACCAGUCUUGCAGUGUCGCAGAACGAAGUCAUAUCUGGGGUGGUUUAUGAAGGACAUGCCACGGCGACAAGCAAACCAUUUGAAAGCCAAGUUUCUGGCGAUACAGAGUGUUUACUUUCUCAGGAAGGACAUGAUGCGGGAAAUGCGAGUGUUUCUGCGGAUUUGACAUUCGUUUCUUUAACCAACGAAGAUCAGUCUGGUGUGGUGAAGACAAUCAGUAAAGAAACGGAAUCUCUCCCAAGUACCGAAAACCCGGAAACGGAAGAGGAAUUAAUAUCAAAACUUGACAGCAUGGACAAAGAGAUCGUUGAAUGCGAAGAGGAUAUCAAGAAUUUAGACACAAUGCAGCAACAGCUGGAAAAGGAAAUGGUUGACUUGAAAAAGAAAAUGGAGGAUUUAGAAACAGUAAAAGAAGAACAAGUUCCGCCGGUUGAAGAAGAAAAAAUCCUGGAUGAAAAAGAAGAGUUGUUACAAUUCUUCUUCGAGAAGUUCAGGCCACGGAACUUUGAUCUUGUUUCUAAAGUGUACAAAGAAAAUCAGAUCAAGGCAACAAUCUCUGAUGUCCAACUGUGGCCCUCGAAUAUCAGCUGUGGCACUUCUGAUAUACCAACAAAGCCAAUGUAUUACCAACCCUCUGACUUGCCGUUCUACUUUGACAAUAUACGAAGGCACAAGCGAUUUAGAAUGAAGCUCGUGAAGUUUCUGCAAAUGAAAAAACUUGCCCAGGCGAAAAAGGAUGAAGCCCUUAAACAACAGUAUAACAAGCAGAAAGAGGCAUGGUUAAAGAAAUUGGAACGGAUUGAAAAUAACAUGAAACGGAAAGCCAAGUUGGCGAAAGUGCGAGCGUUUUAUGAACGAGAAUUCCCAGAGAUAAAAAGACAGCGAGAACAGCAAGAGCGAAUGACAAGGUUCGGAGCAAGAACCAACUGGGGACCUUUGGCUCGUAGCGAAGCCGAAUUUGAAGAAAUUGUUGAUAAUCUUAGCGAAUUAGAGGCGACAGAGAAGCAGAUGCACCAGCUCGCAGUGGAACCACCCAAGUUGCUCGACAGAUACGAACGGAGAAUCCAAUAUUCAAACAAAAACGGAUUGAUAAGGGAUAUUGAAGCUUUUGAACGGGAAAGGAAAUUCAAGAAUAUUUGGUGCGAGGAAGAAAAAUUGAUUUUCAAAGAAAGAUUUACACAAUUCCCGAAAGAUUUCGAAAAGAUUGCAGAAGGCCUAAAGAGAAAGACCGUCUCCGAAUGUGUCCUUUACUAUUAUCGCAACAAAAAGAAGGAGAACUUCAAAGGAACGUCCAAGAAGCCAAGCAAAAAGACUGGCAGGCUGCAAAGACAGCUCGUGAGCACGUUGACGUAUGCACAGCCUCUGCCAACAAUCCAAAGUCUACAACAGCCACAACCAAUCAAAACAAGGCAAAAGGAAAGAGAACGGGAGAAAGAAAGAUCAAAAGAGCAAGAAUCGCAGAAAGAUCAGGGCCGAGACAAGGAAAAGCCUGUCAGGAUAGAGCAAGAUGGAGUAGAAAAGCCUGAAGGGAGAAGGGAAUUGAGAUCCAACACGGAGAAAUCUCUUGAGACGCCCGAUGUCACAACGGCUAGUGAAAUCGCAGGGAGCAAACUGGUCACACCGCACAUGGAAUCACAAUGCAAGCAAUCGGUUGAUGAGUUGAUCGCAAGGUACCUUGCCCGCAAACCGUUGCCAGCUGAAAAUGUAGACCCUUCGCGCUGGUCAGAAUUGGAAAUCUCCAAAGCAAUAGAUGGACUUAAAUGCCAUGGCAGAAACUGGCCUGCCAUUGCCCGAAUGGUGAGCACCAAGUCAGAAGCCCAGUGCAAGAACUUCUACUUCAAUUACAAGCGAAAGUUCCACCUCGAAUCGAUUCUUGGCAUAUCUAAGCAUAGUAUCAGUUCAUAUUCGCACCAAGGGGCUGCCUCUGGGCUAGAUGAUGAGAUGACAUCGAAGCGAAGACGAUCAAAGAGAACAGGUCAAUUAGAGAAAGAUGGGGUACCGGCUGGGCAGCACUUGCAACCGUUGCAGGACACUGCACAGGAGAAGUCGGUAGAGAUUGAACAUGUUAAGAAUGAUCAUGAUCACGUUGCCAAUGAAAACGAGUCAAGUGGCAAGCAAGAAGAACAAGAAGGAGCUGAAAUGAUGGAGAGUGAUGAAGUUAGGAAAGCAGAUCAGGCAGAUGAUGAAAAUGUUGUUGAAAAGGACGCAAAUGCCAAGAAUUUGACGAAGAAGUUCAUUUUCGAAAGCACGGCAGGUUUGGAGGUUGUGGAAAGUGAAGAAACGAAGGAAGGAGUAUCGAAAGAAGAUGCACUUGUAAGCAAAGGUGUCGAGAAAGAGCCUGUUGGGAGCCAAGCCGUAAAACUGAUAAGGCCAAGAAGCCCUGAGACAGAUGCUGGUGGGGAAAUGAUUCUAGCAAGAAAGGAAGAAAGAUUGGUGUACGCUCAUGAAUCAGAUGCACAACUGCCCGAUUCAUUGAUGACAGAAUCAAUGGAUGAUGGGCAAGUGGAACGAACGACAGACAAAGGGGGUGAGAGGCCAACCUCGCUGUUACUGUGCACAUAUCCAAACAAAGCUGUUGUGAAAGAAGACCUGACAGCUCGUCCACUUCCACCUCCACUGACUCCUGUUUUCAUGACCAAAGCAGACAGUCGGAUUAUCAGCACUGAAAACGCAGGAAGUCCUAGAUCUGUACUGAAAGGAAUCUCACUGCAAGGAGAGAUUGGGGCGUUCAAGGAGACUUUAGAAAGAACUCUUGACAGUGACUUAAAGAAUAAAGAGGACAUGGGCAGUUUUGAAGACGAGCAAGGCAAGUUCUUUAAAGGGGCAUCACAGUAUCACAAACAUCGUGGCGAUGUAAGAGCACCACAGGUUUCAGUAGCAUUGACUGACACAAAGCAACAAUACCAUAGUGAUACUCAUAGGCAUUUAGAGCAGUACCCCUUUAUGACUUCUGUGGCAUCACACCCAUCAAUAGAACAAAGUGCCGUCAUUCAAGCAUUUGCUGGAAGGCAACCAUCGUUAAUGUCAGCACAGUUGCAUCACAUGAAGCAGUUUGGCCAUUUGCCCCCAAAUCCUCCAUCUGCAAGACAGCAUUUCGCAAGUGCCAUUUCUCAGGUUGGUCCUGGACAUGAAAACGCUCCCACGCGAGCUUCAUCUGCACCAAUCUCAGCUGGACAUCCUUUCCAUCAAACCUCUCCGAAAGGCCGAGACAGUUCUCACUUUCCUUUUUCAAGACAAGAUCAGUUUGGGUUCCCUACAGUCGUUUCUUCUCAGGCAGCAUCUAAUGUUGAGCACAUGUCUCAAGUCAGGCCGGUGUUUCGUCCAGGUGAACCACCAUAUCCAGGUGUGUUAGAGUACCAAAAUGUGCCAGAAAGAAUGCAGCAUAAAGGUCUUCUUUACUCAAAUCCGGGUGACAUAUUAUUGCGCCCAGCUGGACACUUUCAGCACCGAUCAGUGUCUAGCCAAGGAGAAGAAAGACCCUUUGCUGGAGAAUAUUUUGAGUCACAUUACCCUCUGUCAGUCAAGGAAGUGCGACCAAGAACAUAUGGUGAAAUGCUAGAGCGUGCUGCCUCAAUCCCAAAUUUGGCAGUGGGGCGAAACCCUUUAUCUGAAGCGAAAGGAAAACCAAAUGUCCUCACUGCAGACACAAAAGCGCAUAUGGGUGGACAGUUGAGGGUUGCUGAGAAGCCGAUGGUUGGCUUUGAUAUGCACCAUGGGCGCGAGGGACCAGGUUUCGACUACAUGGAAAGAGGCAGGGAAGGAAAAGCCCAAAGAUUUGUUGACAGAAGAGAUUCUAUUGCCCACUCCCAAAAAGGCAACCCUAACAUACCUGGGCAUUUAAGGCAAAUGGAUAAACCCAAUAAUGAAGCUGUAGAAUCUUCCAGUUCUGCUACUAUGGAUUCACGCCUGUUGCACUACUUGCCUGGUGUCACCCCAGGGGGUAUGCAACAUUUCUCAAGAGAGUUCCAACCUACACUUGAUCAACAACUGUUGCGACAUAUUGAUGGAAGAAAGACUAGCAGAGAUGUUCACUCGGCAAGCCCCCCUGUUCAUCCCGAGAGUUCUAUAUACCGCCAUUCUCCUGGCCUAGAGAGGUUGCCAGGUUCUAAUAUCAGGACCAGCUCGAGAUCAGCCAAGGGUGAACUUCAAAAACAGGCAGCUCGAAAUUAUGAUCUCAGGGCUGAGAUUGGAAACACUUCUGACAGGAACAAACAGUCAGAUCAGACAUAUGAUGCUAGAGCCAUACUUCAAGGUCAACAAGGUGGUAUUCAGAAAGGGGCUCGAUCUAAUUAUCAAAUUCCUCUUGAGUUUAACUAUGGAAUAUCGACAGGUAUUGUACAAAAGGCUCCAUUCAACCUAUCAAUCACCGGUUCCAGACAAGAGCUAGGGUCUUCGCCCCAUGAGAAGACACUGGCGUUCACUGACUUUGAUGCCAGCAGGUUUAUGCGGCUCAGAGAUGAGCAAAACAGUUUUAUUUCCAAAGGGUUCAACACAAUUGAUAAGAUAAAAAGCCAGUCAAAAAAUACAAGGCCAUCAUCUGUUGAUUCUGUUAUACACAAGCCAUUUUUCUCGGAAAAGCAACAGCAACUUUCCUCGUCCCUAGGAGAUUUGCGGAAUCUAACUGCACUUCAUCUUAGUCCCACACUCCCUCUGUCACCAUCGUCUGCUUCAUCAAAGAAGGCAUCCUUUCUUUUCCGACCUUGGGAAAAAGAAGACGAGGGUGAAAUGGAUAGCAAAGAUUCAGUGCUUGCUUCUGCACAGGCAGCACCUGUUAGCAAAGACAGUGCUAAAUUUAGCUCAUUAACAAUUGUAACUGGAAAAUCUCCCAAGGAAGACAGUGGCAACACUCACGACGAGGCUUUAAUGUCUCCUACUAUCCCAUACACAGAUCCAGCACGUGAUACACCCAUUAAAGACAUUAUCUGUUCAGAGGGAAGUAUUGAUCAGGUGAGCCCUGGUGGCUCACCAAAAAAUGAUGGCUCCAGACCAGUUAUGUUUGCUGCAAGCGAAGAAAAGUAUUCACCUGUUGUGAGCCAAAACAUUAGUUUUGGUGGGGAAGGUCGAAGAGAUGUCAGCCAGCUUCUUAGAAUUUCCACCGACACUCAUGCUGGGUAUCAGCCUACAAGUCCUGUUGAUUCCGAGGCUACGCUUUCUGCAGACGAGGCUGAGAUUGAACUAAUGAGGGAAAGCCUGCGUGGUUAUCAGGAAAAUCUUGAUAAAGGAAAUUUACCAAAGAAAGGUGGGGGUUCGUUGAGAAACAAAUCAGAGACGGAUUGUGGAAGGAAAUGGAAUAUUGAAGACUAUCCAAUAGGAUUGAGUGAACUAGAUUUAAGCCUGCCCAAGAGAACAUUUGAAGUUAGCAAGAGUACUGAUGUAUUAACCAAAGCAGUUAAUCAAAAGCAGAAUAUAAUCAGUGGUUUAGACAAUGUUCCCGCAGAUUUUGGGGGUAAAAAUGAAAUGAAAACUAACAGCAAAGAAAAAGCUGGUGCAGGCGAGUUUGAAAGGAGUCCAAAAGUGUUUGAGGGAAUUAGUUCUUUGACGCACACAGAUACCAUGGAAGCUGAACAGUUGCCAGAGGAAACGGACAAGUUACCAGAGGAAACGGACCAGUUACCAGAGAAAACGGACCAGUUACCAGAGAAAACGGACCAGUUUGCAGAGGAAACGGACCAGUUACCAGGGGAAACUGCACAAUUCCCAGGGGGCACCGUCCCAUUACCGGAGCAAACAGACGUAUUACCAGAUGAAGCAACCCCACUGACAUCUGCUCCUAUUGCCGCACAUUCUUCUCCUGUUUCCCAAUUAUCAGAUGGGUCAUUGUCUUCCCCAUUACAGCCUCAAGAGUCCUCAGCUGAUACCCCGUCUUCAGAUAAGCGAGUUUCUUUCUCAGCCGAUAUUGUAGAGAACAAGCUGGUUAAAGACAAAGAAGAAGGAGAGCAUACUGUGUUUAAUGAGAACCAAACGAUUUUGGAUGUCGAAGAAACUAGCGCAGCAAUAGAUAGUAUACAGAAUGAGGCUGAUGAGUCACCAAGCGCAGAGGAAGACGUUGCGGAGCCGUUUUUGAGCCUGUGGCCUGCAGCAGAAGGGUUUGCUUGUGAAGGGCAGUCAGUAUCAGCAGCAGAGGAUAGUGACUAUCAGCAAGGUUAUGAUGUUGACAUAAGUGAGCAACGGGAAUUCAGUGAUCCAUCUGCCGAAGAAAGAGCCUAUACAGAAAAAACUGAGGACAAUUAUAGUUCCGAGUUUAUUAACAUAUCCAGUUUACCAAGUCAAGUGGAAGAUGACAUUGCAGAUAAUCAGAAACUUGAUAUAGACCUUGAGACGAGAAUAGUACUGGCUGCAAAGUCAGGCUUGCAACAAGUUGAUGUGAAUCAAGCAGAAAGGUCUGUCUUUGUUCCUGCUUAUGAAACGUUCCCUAUUUCACCCCCUGGCUCUCCAAUUAGUCCUGCAGAGAUGCAAGAAGCUGAGGGCGAAAUACCUGAUGUUCCCCCAUCAUUCGCGCAUUCUGUGCUCUCGUUGAAUAUUCCUGUCACCUCCCAAAACUCUCCAAAGACACAUCUGGGCGGGGUGGCUUUCCCUUAUUCAACUUUGUCUUUCACCAUUGGCUCGAUGCCCGCUUCUCGUUCCGGUUCCCAUCAAGGAUCACGGUCCAGUAGUGCCUGCCCUUCUCCAAGCACGAAAGCCGACUUUGGCAAUGGUUUGCCUCAGCAUGGGGAUAACCUCAGUCAUCUCACAGAGCGUCUUCUGAACAACGAUGUGGUCAUUCCCCAUGAUGAUCACGUUACAUUGAUAGAUUAUUCGAUUAACAGAACUUCGGAAACUGGAGAUUUAAGUAAUGAAAAUUAUACUCCUACGAUUGAAUAUGAACCAUUGAGCGACGAGGAUUAAAUAAAUUGACUUUAGUAAGAUUGCUUCUGACAAGAUGGUUUUAGCAUCUCUUGACAAACUUAUACUGUAUUGUUGGUAAAGGAAAUUGACAAAUGAUAUUUACUCCAGGCUCAUUCCUUCUACCUAGGGAUUCCGUGCCCGUUGCCUUCAUUGCCAUUUUCCAGCCCUUUCUAGCUAGGCCAACUUUGGUACAACAUAAUUAUACAAACCUACUUCAUCGUCUCUUUGCUUAUAGAAUACCCAAUAUCUUAAAUUCAUAAAGCCAAGAGAAGCUAAAAUAUGACGAAUAUGCAAACCAAAUUUUGCUUAACAUAACUUGCAAUCUCCAAAGCGCAAUUUUUCGAUGUAAGCGAAUUAGCUAAACUCUAAUCCAAACGAAUAAUGGUAUAUUGGAAUACUGAACAAGAUAAGUUAGAAAAGCAUUAUGCCAUUUUGUCUUCGUAAGUUAUGUGGUACCUGGAUUAUACAAUUUCUAUGUGGUACCUGGAUUAUACAAUUUCUAUGUGGUACCUGAACAAUACAAUUUCUAUGUGGAAUUUUUCCCAACAAGAAAUGUUAUAUUUCGACUUUAGGGUAUAUUUGUAGAUAG